CCGAACCAUCGAUCUGAAACAUUCCAACAGACACAGCUGGAAAACCUGUGAGAAUAUGCCACGAGAACGAGAUCCGUUUCCAUUCCCAAGAUAUGAGAACGACCAUACUUUCACGGGGAGAAAGGACAUUCAGAAACUGCCUUAUGACAAGCCAGCUCAUCUCGCCCAAAAUGAUGAACCUUGGAGGAGACUCCACAACAUGGCAACGCUGGCUAGUUCUCGUCAAAAUAUAUGUUAUCAUGACAUUAUAGCACCAAGGGAUAGUCUGGACAUUCAUCUAAAAUCAACCUAUGACCAUCACCUUGGAUUAUUUCAGAACAAGAGCCAAACCUUGAUACAGAGCGAAACUUUUGCCAAGGACCAUGCGACACUGAAAAACAAAGAACUACUGGAAACUCCAAUGUGUGAGACACAAAACACAGGAUUUAAAAUGUGGGCCGACUCCCAGAAAGCUUCUAUAUACAGUAUUAAAGGAACAAUAGAGUCCCACCACACCGCCUCUACAAACCGAGGUUAUUCAAGGAAGCAUGAUGGCGGAUUUUACUCCUCGUAAUUUGAAACGACCUAAUGUACUAUUCGUUUUUCAGUUAGUUUGUUGUUAAAACACAAUUGCACUGCCAUGGACAAGGGAUUGAAAAAUAAAAGUAGCAAAAACAAUGCUGGUAUGAUUUCCUCAUGUUGAUAAGACAAAGCUACAAGGUUGCAAACACUACAGCUCCGUGAUGCUCAACACUGACCCCAGGGACUCACUUUUAGAAGUUAUGGAAAGAUCAGAAUCGCCUCUAUACUCACUGAACAAACGGGGAACACUGGGCCGAAACUCAGCACCCUGCUUGCUCUAGUAUAUCUGAUAGAUUCAUCAUUUCUUACCACAAAUUCAAUUGCGGAUGCCCCGAGUUGUGUGAAAAUGCCUCACGGUCAUAGCUACAGAAGCUCCCGAGUCGGUUAUUAUCAUCUCUGAAUCCGAGCAGGGGCAAACUCGGAUCAGAUCAAAUAAGAUCACGGUGUAGAUUUUUUAAAUUGAUCGCACACUCUCACAACACACACAUUCACACAAACAGUCACUCUCGCAUACUCGCACUCACUCAACAUACACGACUUUCAUUCAAAUGAUCGCUCACAUCCUGGUUGACGUCAUUAAAUAGGACUGUGGCAUCUUGGGAAACAUUUCAACCAUCCCCCAAAAAACUACACUGCCCUCUUUUGGUCGAUAAUGCAAUGAGCUUGUGCAAAAUCUUGAAAAUGCAUGCUUAUAACAUACUGUGAAUAGCAUUGCAUGGAUUGAUAAACGUUACUUGUAGAAGAAUUACUGCUUUUGCAAAUAUGUUUUUCCCCCUUGUAAACUGCAGGCCUACUUAGUCAAA